AUGGCUUUUCAAGAAUCCAAUAACACAGGUUAUUGGGGUAAACCUACAGCUACCAUUGAUUGGUGUGAGAAAAAUUACGAAGUAAAUUACUAUGUUGCUGAAAUGUGGAACACUAUCAGUAAUUUAAUGAUGAUAAUACCUCCAUUAUGGGGUAUUUGGGACAUGAAAAAACAAAAAUUUGCGCAAAGAUUUUUUUUUUGUUAUUCAUUCAUUUUGGUGGUUGGUUUUGGCAGUUUGGCGUUCCACAUGACACUUUUGUAUGAAAUGCAGUUAUUUGAUGAAUUACCAAUGGUUUGGGGGACAUGUUAUUGUGUUUAUUGCUUAUCAAUAGUGAAACAUGAUAUGAGAUCUAAGAUUAUUCCGAAUAAAUUAUUGUUAUUAAUAUUAAUAAUUAUAAGUAUUGGAUUUGCAAUAAUUUAUCUUGCUUGGCCACAACCAUUACUACAACAUUUUUGUUAUGGUAUAUUAGUUGCUAUAUCUUUAGCACAGGAAAUCAAACUAAUAUUAGAAUUUAAAUGUGCUGUCUGCAAACGUAUGUUUGUAGUUGCAAUAGCAUUAUACCUGUUUGGGUUCUUUUUGUGGAAUAUAGAUAAUAUAUUCUGCAAAAAUAUUACGGUACUAAGAGAACAGAUUCCAGUGUUUCUUCAACCAUUCACACAAAUGCAUGCCUGGUGGCAUAUUUUCGCAGGCUAUGGGGUUUAUGUUCAAGUUCUAUUUUGUAUUCACAGCACAUAUGAUUACCAUAAAAAAUAUAAACAUUCAAGUGUACUUUUACCAGAGCAUAUGUAUUUUAGUAUACGUUGGCAGAAAACUACAAAAACAGGUGACUGCUGUUCAUCAGCAGUUAAUGAUCUUGGCCAAUCAACCUUCCAUUUAAGUUCUGCAUUUUUAUGACUUAUUUAUAUUUAAACUAUAAGAAAUUUAUAUAGGUAUAUUUAUGUGAUAUAUUUAUUAAUAUAUUAUGGAUUCAUUUAAGUUGUAGAUUUAUAGAAUAUUUUAAUUAUAUUUGGGUAGUCCUUUAAGAAUAAUAUUAUUUAUUAAUAUUUAUUUUUGUUAAACUGUAUGUUAAAUUUUGGUCGAUGACUGAGUUGAAAUGUAUACAACGCAUUGAGUUAGUUUAUCACUUGAUUUUAGAAAUUUUUUUAUUGUAUAUUUUAGCACCUACCUACCCAGUAAAUUAUACUUACAUUUUCUGUUUGUACACAGUUUAUACUCUAUAUAAUAUAUAUUGAUCGAUAUGAUAAAUGUAGCUCAAUAAUAUAUAAUAAAUAAUAAUAUAUAAUUUUAAAUAGCAUAUUUUAAACUAAAUAAAUGUAGUCGUAUAACUCUGUGGGUAUUCUAUUAAAGGGCACUUAGUUGCUUCUUCUUAAUUUAAAUUUUAUAGAAGAGCAAAAACAAAAGCAUCGUUAUUGUGUUUUUUACUAAUGGUUUUUAGUUCUUUAAGUUAACCUUAUACUAUAUACAGGGGCAUACCUAGGGGGGAGGGUUGGGUGUCUCCCCCCCCCCCCAAAAAAAAAAAAAA